UGCGAGUGGCUAGCGCUAGCGCCACCGUUAGCUGGCGUUUGAUCCGCUCCGGUCUACCUUAAUAGUCUAACUGUUGUUCUGCUAACAUGGACAGUGUUUCGUUCAUUCCGGACGCUGGGCAGUGACAACGUUUGGCCUCCGGUGAGCGUAAAUGUGAGUAGGUGUCAGCAGGGCGGAGGACGCGUUCAGUAAAAUGAGUUACGACGAGGUGGUUGACGAGCUCCUGCUGGAGGAGGAGGAGGAGGCAGCAGUGGGUCCUGUGCAGAUCGUGGUGGCGGAUGAGGACGAGCAUGCGUUCUCGUUAGAUGAGGAAGCUCUGGAGCGAAUCCUCCUGCAGGAACACAUCCGGGACCUCAAUGUGGUGGUGGUCUCUGUCGCUGGAGCUUUCCGCAAGGGCAAGUCCUUUCUGCUGGACUUCAUGCUCCGAUACAUGUACCAACAGACAUCUGACACGUGGAUGGGUGGAAACGAGGAGCCUUUGACCGGCUUCACCUGGAGGGGCGGCUGCGAGAGGGAGACCACGGGCAUCCUGGCAUGGAGUGAAGUGUUUGUGGUUGAGAAACCGGACGGGAGCAAGGUGGCUGUGCUUCUCAUAGACACACAGGGAGCCUUCGACAGUCAGUCCACCAUCAAAGACUGCGCCACGCUCUUCGCCCUCAGCACCAUGACCAGCUCAGUGCAGGUAUACAAUUUGUCUCAGAAUGUGCAAGAGGAUGAUCUUCAGCAUCUUCAGCUCUUCACAGAGUACGGAAGGCUCGCCAUGGAGGAAAUCUACCGGAAACCAUUCCAGUCACUAAUGUUUCUCAUAAGAGACUGGAGUUACCCGUAUGAGCAUGCAUAUGGCCUAGAAGGAGGGAAGAAGUUCCUUGAGAAAAGAUUGCAGGUGAAACAAAACCAGCAUGAGGAGUUGCAGAAUGUCCGAAAGCACAUCCACUCCUGCUUCUCCAACAUUAGCUGCUUUCUGCUUCCUCACCCAGGCCUCAGAGUGGCCACCAACCCCCACUUCGAUGGCAGAUUGAAAGACAUUGACGACGAAUUCAAAAAGGAGCUCGUGAAUCUCAUCCCUUUGCUGCUGGCACCGGAGAACUUGGUGGAGAAAGAAAUUGGAGGCUCCAAAGUGACGUGUAGAGAUCUUGUACAGUAUUUCAAAGCCUACAUGAAAAUCUAUCAAGGUGAAGAGCUGCCACACCCAAAGUCCAUGUUACAGGCAACAGCUGAGGCCAACAAUCUUGCAGCAGUUGCUGGAGCAAAAGACAUUUACAACAAAAGCAUGGAAGAGGUGUGUGGGGGAGACAAGCCGUACAUCGCCCCCGCUGACCUGGAGCGCAUCCACAAGGACCUGAAGCAAAAGUCUAUACAACAUUUUCGGGCAGUUAAGAAGAUGGGUGGCGAGGAGUUCUGCCGCCGCUACCAGGAGCAGCUGGAGGCGGAGCUGGACGAAGCUUACGCCAACUUCGUCAAGCACAACGACGGAAAGAACAUUUUCUAUGCGGCGCGGACGCCCGCCACGCUUUUCGCCAUAAUGUUCGCCAUGUACGUAAUCUCACUGGUGACGGGCUUCGUCGGCAUAAACUCUGUGGCGACGCUGUGUAAUCUGAUUAUGGGCGUAGCCUUGGUGUCGUUGUGCACCUGGGCGUAUGUAAAAUACUCAGGGGAGUUCCGCGAGGUGGGGAGUGUCAUCGACCAGGUGGCAGAAACCCUCUGGGAACAGAGGACUCCGAGAAAGGUGUUUUCCAAGCUUUUUGAGGUUGCCCGGAGCAAAGUGACGUUGGGUGCCCUUCUGCCCGCCCAGCGAAAGAGACUGUCCUCAAACAACAAUGUGAAGAAGAAAAACUAGCCGUGACGUUCUCGGCUCCGUUUCACAGAGCCCUUUUUAGGACUUCUCCUUUCUGCUGAGCGCGCAUCCCGGCCGCCCAGCUGGGUUAGGAUAAAACGAGAAACAGAACAAACUGCUAUGUAUACCUGGUUCACUACAUUUGUAGAAUGCAGGUUGGCACUUUCAUCAAGAUACUUUGUUGGUCUUUGCCAUGUGUGUGCUGAUGUGUGUUAUGGGGGGAAUGGAGGAUAAAGUCUUAGAGUUUUUCACGUUUUUA